CAUUGUAUUCAAAAAUCAGGUGUGGGUACAAGAAGUCAACUCAGUGAAUUGAAUAACGAGCGAUUUCAACAUGGAAGUCUACAUAACGGAGCUGGGCUUGACCAUGCUCUGCGAUAUAACCACAUAAACCCUUAUAAUGGACGAAAUUUGGAAGAUAAACACUGUAUUCAACAACAGCAAAGCUGCUCAUACACAAAUCACUGUUCAAGAACUGGCACGGUUUGGGUCAACACAGAGUACAAGUCAAAGGACCGUGCACAAUGGAUUUUAGGGGAAUUUAGAAAGAGCUCAUGCAUUUUUUUACUAUCGUUUAGUGCUUUUCCGAUGGAUCGCCAAUUAUGUCACCUUACGCUAGAGUCAUUUAGUUGUAAUAACCAAGAGGUUGAUAUGCAAUGGACAAAUUGGACAGAUGCGCUGACGCUGCUCAAGAAAAAAAUAGUCCUUCCAGACUUUGUGCUCAGCAACUACUCAACCGUGCUCGAACAUGUGAUGACGUUUGUGUUCAGUAGACGUUACGAGUGGUAUAUCUUUCAAGCUUAUAUUCCGACAUACUUCACUAUUUUUAUAAGGUGAUG